CCGCCUCCUCCCGGGCCGUGAAAUACCCCGGCCUCCCCGCCUCGCACAGCCUCCUCGGUCCCCACGGGGAGACGGCCUCCUGCUCCGCCGCCGCUCCGAGAGUCGGCCCUCCCGCCGCGCGCCAGCCCAAGCUCCCCGUGCCCCCGCUCCGGUUGGGUCAGCUGCCAGCUGCGAGCCCCCCACCAGCCACAGCCAUGAGCACCUGGAGGAAGGGCCACCUCGGCACCAGCAGCUCGGAGCCCCUCACGGUCAUUGUCAUCGGCAAUGGCCCCUCGGGCAUCUGCCUGUCCUACCUGCUGUCGGGCUACACCCCCUACGUGAGAGCAGACGCCGUGCACCCCCACCCGCUACUGCACAGGAAGCUCACCGAGGCCCCGGGCGUCUCCAUCCUGGACCAGGACCUGGAUUACCUGUCUGAAGGCCUUGAAGGCCGGUGUCAAAGCCCUGUGGCCCUGCUCUUUGAUGCCCUCCUGCGCCCAGACACAGACUUUGGGGGAACCAUGGAGUCCGUUCUCACCUGGAAGCACCAGAAGGAGCGAGCCAUCCCCCACGUGGUCCUAGGCCGGAACCUGCCUGGAGGAGCCUGGCAUUCCAUUGAAGGCUCCAUGGUGACCCUUAGCCAAGGCCAGUGGAUGGGGCUCCCGGACCUGCAGGUGAAGGAGUGGGUGUGCAGGAAGCGAAGAGGUCUUCGCAACAGCCGGGCCACGGCUGGGGACAUCGCUCAUUACUACAGGGAUUAUGUGACCAAGAAGCGGCUGGGCCACAACUUCGUGUCUGGUGCCGUGGUCACGGCCGUGGAGUGGGGGACACCUGAGUCCAGUGGCUCUGGGGUCCAGGACCCCGGCCCUCUCUUCCAGGUGAGCGGCUUCGUGACCACCGAGGACCAGAGCCGGCAGCCCUUCUCCCUGUGCGCCCGCAACGUGGUCCUGGCCACGGGCACGUCCGACAGCCCGGCCCGGCUGGGCAUCCCCGGGGAGGCCCUGCCCUUUGUCCACUAUGAGCUUUCGGCCCUGGAGGCGGCCAUGCGGGCAGGCACGGUGAGCCCCGCCUCGGACCCCGUCCUCAUCGUGGGCGCGGGGUUGUCGGCCGCUGACGCGGUCCUCUACGCCCGCCACUACAACAUCCCGGUGAUCCACGCCUUCCGCCGGCCCGUGGACGACCCCGGCCUGGUCUUCAACCAGCUGCCCAAGAUGCUGUACCCCGAGUACCACAAGGUGCACCAGAUGAUGCGGGAGCGGUCCAUCCUGUCGCCCAGCCCCUACGAGGGCUACCGCAGCCUUCCCGAGCACCAGCUGGUGCUGCUCAAGGAGGACCGCCAGGCCGUGUUCCAGGACUCCCGGGGCCUCCAGAAGGUCUUCGGCGUUGCCCUGGUGCUGGUGCUCAUCGGCUCGCACCCCGACCUCUCCUUCCUCCCCGGGGCAGGUGCGAACCUGGCUGUGGACCCUGAUCGGCCCCUGAGCGCCAAAAGGAACCCCAUUGAUGUGGACCCUUUCACUUACCAGAGUGCCCGCCAGGAGGGCCUGUACGCUGUGGGGCCGCUGGCGGGGGACAAUUUUGUGCGGUUUGUGCAAGGUGGGGCCCUAGCGGUGGCCAGCUCCCUGCUGAGGAAGGAGGCCAGGAAGCCACCCUAGCGCCUGGCCUGGCCUUCUCGUACCCAGGCCCUAAAGAGGAAGGGAGAUUCCUACAGCCCUCCUGGACACCCCAGUGAGGGAAGGGGGCCUCUCCUGGCAGGAGACAGGAGGGUCCAUGAGCGCAUGCAACAGGCCUCUCGGAUGAAGAGGAGUGGGGAACCCAGGCUACCUGGACUGGGACUAGUGCCCAGAGUGGGAACAGAGGCUGCAGGCCAGGGUAGGCUGUGAUUUGGGGUGAAAGCUGCUGGUAUGAAUUGGGGUCACCAGGGCCAGCUGAGCACUGAGCCAAGAGGACUCCAGGCCCUACUCUUUCCAGAUUCGGGUCCCAAUUAAACCAGUGCCUGCCUCC